CAAAACAGUGCGUUUCGUACGUCGCGGUCCGCCGCACGUCACCGUAACGUUCUGCUCGUUAUAUCUGUUACAAAAAAAAUUUAGAAAACAGUCUUAAUAUAACGAUGACUUAAGUGCCUUAAGUGAUAUACUAUGUGAAUUUAUGUAAACAUAAUUAUUACGAUAUAUAUUCGUAAUGGGAAGCAGCUUUUAUAGGAUUUAUUGUCUCAUUGGAGCGUCAUUCGUCUCAGAUUCGUCUGGCUGAAACCUAUGAUCAGUGCAGUGCUUAUUUGGAGCGCAGAAUGCCGAUCGCUCCGCGCGGACCUCCGCUCGUAUCAACACCGCUCCACCACCAACUGCUCCAUAGGAGAUCUAGUUUAAUCCCCAAGUGCCCUUCUAUAGUAUAACGUCUAACAUUUUAUACGCCUCUUUUAUACCGACCCAUAAGUUUAAGUACACAAAGUGCUAGUGUUAAGUGUCGCGCGCAAGUGAGGGUGUGUAUAUGUGUGUCGAUGGUGCGGCCGACAUGGGAAAGUCCUCGGCGAGAACACAUGGCCAAGAGAAUGAAAGGAGAAUCAAAGCCAACGACAGGGAGUACAACGCGCAGUUCCGCUAUGCAAAUAACUACAUCAAAACAUCGAAGUACUCAAUUAUAACAUUCCUGCCGUUGAACUUGCUCGAGCAGUUCCAGCGGCUAGCGAAUUUCUACUUCCUGUGUUUGUUGGUACUGCAGCUGAUCCCGGCCAUCUCAUCGUUGACACCCAUCACCACUGCCAUACCGCUGAUCGGUGUACUCGCACUUACUGCCGUCAAGGACGCUUAUGACGAUUUCCAACGUCAUCAAAAUGAUUCCCAAGUUAACCACCGUCGAGCAAAGACGCUGCGGAAUGGCAAAUUGGUGGAGGAAAAGUGGGCGUCUGUUCAGGUGGGAGACGUCAUCCGGCUGGAGAACGACCAGUUCGUCGCCGCAGACAUCCUACUCCUCAGCAGCUCGGAGCCCAAUGGCCUCUGUUACAUAGAGACUGCCGAGUUGGAUGGGGAGACAAAUUUAAAAUGUCGUCAGUGCCUUGUGGAAACGGCUGCGAUGGGCCAAGACGACGCACAACUGGGCGCCUUCGACGGUGUCAUUAUUUGCGAGACGCCCAACAAUCUACUUAAUAAAUUUGAAGGCACGUUGAGCUGGCGUGACAAACAUCACUCGUUGGACAACGACAAGAUACUGCUGCGCGGCUGCGUGCUGCGCAACACCACGUGGUGCUACGGCGUGGUCGUGUUCGCCGGGAAGGACACUAAGCUCAUGCAGAACUCCGGCAAGACCAAGUUUAAGCGCACCAGCAUAGAUAGGCUACUUAAUUUUCUUAUUAUAGGGAUAGUAUUCUUUCUGCUGUCAAUGUGCGUGUUCUGCACGGUGGCGUGCGGCGUGUGGGAGUGGCUGGUCGGCCGCUACUUCCAGGCGUACCUGCCGUGGGACACGCUGGUGCCGGCCGAGCCCGCCUCGGGCGCCGUCGUCAUCGCGUUCCUCGUACUGUUCUCGUACGCGAUCGUCAUGAACACUGUCGUGCCUAUAUCACUUUACGUUUCCGUCGAGGUAAUAAGAUUUGCACAGAGUUUUCUAAUAAAUUGGGAUGAGAAGAUGUAUUAUGAAAAGACAGGCACUGCAGCUAAAGCGCGGACGACCACACUGAAUGAGGAACUUGGUCAAAUUCAAUACAUAUUCUCAGAUAAAACGGGCACACUGACACAGAAUAUUAUGACAUUCAACAAAUGUUCUAUUGCGGGCGUCUGCUACGGUGAUGUUAUCGAUGAAACAACAGGAGAGACCAUAGAGCUCAACGAGGGCGGGGCUGGCGGGGGCGGCGGGGCCGGCGGGGCCGGCAGGGGGCCGGGCGGGGCGCGGUCGGCGGCGCGCGCGCGCCUGCUGGAGGCCGAGCACGAGCAGGGCCGCAGCACGCCGGGCGCGCGCCGGCCCACCAAUCACCACGAUAACACGGAGCCGUUGGAUUUCUCGUUCAAUCCAGAGUACGAGCCGGAAUUUAAAUUUUUCGACUCGACCCUCCUGGAGGCGGUGAAGCGCGGCGAUCAGGAGGUGCACGAGUUUUUUCGUUUGCUCGCUCUCUGUCACACCGUCAUGCCGGAGGAGAAGAACGGGCGGCUGGAGUACCAGGCGCAAUCGCCCGAUGAGGCGGCACUGGUAUCAGCGGCCAGAAAUUUUGGUUUUGUGUUCAGAGAACGCUCGCCUAAUAGUAUUACAAUAGAAGUAAUGGGUAAUACAGAGGAGUAUGAUUUGUUAUGUAUAUUAGAUUUUAAUAAUGUUAGAAAAAGAAUGUCCGUGAUAUUGAGGAAGGAUGGAGAAAUUAGGUUAUAUACAAAAGGUGCUGAUAAUGUAAUAUAUGACAGAUUAAAAUCAAAUCAAGCUGAUGUGAAGUCGAAAACGCAGGAGCAUUUGAACAAAUUUGCGGGCGAAGGCCUGCGCACGCUGGCGUUGGCGUGGCGGCCGCUGGAGGAGCGCGGCUUCGCUGAGUGGAAGCGGCGCCACCAGGCCGCCGCGCUCGCGCUGCACGACCGCGACGAGCAGCUCGACGCCAUCUACGAGGAGAUCGAGACCGACCUGCUACUCAUGGGUGUAACAGCAAUAGAAGAUAAAUUACAAGAUGGAGUACCGGAAACGAUAGCGAAUCUCAGUAUGGCAGGCAUUAAGAUUUGGGUUUUGACUGGUGAUAAACAAGAGACUGCAAUAAAUAUCGGCUACUCGUGUCAGCUGCUGACCGACGACAUGGCGGAGGUGUUCGUGAUCGACGGCGUGUCGCACGACGACGUCGAGCGGCAGCUGGCCAAGUGCCGCGACUCUAUACGCGUCGUCAACACAUUCCUCCCGCAUGCGGGACCGUCUGCGAGCAAGACUGGCGGCGAGGCGGCGAACGGCGCUCGGCCGUCGCCAGGCCGCGCCGCCAACGUGAAGCUGAACGCGCCCGCCGUGUCCGUCGUCACAUUUAGGUGGGAACAUAACACAAUACCACACCACAGCAACGAGUACAUGUCUGGUGGGCCGCAGUCGGCGGACUCGCACGAGCCCACCAAUGACGAUUCCAACGGGUUCGCCAUCGUCGUCAACGGACACUCGUUGGUGCAUUGCUUACAUCCUAAGUUAGAGGAAAGAUUCUUAGACGUAGUACUACAGUGUAGAUCAGUCAUAUGCUGUCGAGUAACUCCAUUGCAGAAAGCAAUGGUGGUGGAACUCAUUAAAAAGAGCAGAAAAGCUGUUACGUUAGCCAUUGGAGAUGGCGCCAAUGACGUUUCUAUGAUAAAAGCGGCACACAUAGGCGUCGGCAUAUCGGGUCAAGAGGGCAUGCAGGCAGUGCUGGCGUCGGACUAUUCAAUAGCGCAGUUCCGGUUCCUGCAGCGGCUGCUACUCGUACACGGCCGAUGGUCCUAUUAUAGGAUGUGCAAAUUCCUCAGAUAUUUCUUCUACAAAAACUUCGCCUUCACUGUGUGUCACUUUUGGUUCGCGUUCUUCUGUGGAUUUAGUGCACAGACGGUGUUCGACGAGAUGUUCAUCUCGGUGUACAACCUGUUCUACACGUCUCUGCCCGUCCUGGCGCUGGGCAUCUUCGACCAAGACGUGUCGGACGCCACCUCGCUGCAGUUCCCCAAGCUGUACGCGCCCGGACACACUAGCCAGCUGUUUAACAAGAGAGAGUUCAUUAAGUCCACUUUGCAUGGCUGCUUCACGUCGCUCGUGCUCUUUCUCAUACCAUAUGGUACAUAUAAAGAUGGAUUAGCACCUGAUGGGAAGAUAUUAUCAGAUCAUAUGUUAUUAGGAAGCGUAGUAGCAACGAUAUUAAUUAUUGACAAUACUACUCAAAUUGCUUUAGAUACAACAUAUUGGACAGUGUUCAACCACAUCACAAUAUGGGGUUCACUAGUUUCUUAUUUUGUAUUGGACUACUUCUAUAACUACGCGAUAGGCGGGCCGUAUGUGGGCUCACUAACCGUCGCCCUCACGCAACCCACCUUCUGGUUCACUGCCGUACUUACUAUGAUCAUCCUGAUGGUGCCGGUGGUGUCGUGGCGGCUGGCGUGCUCGUGGACGCGGCCGACGCUGGCGGAGCGGCUGCGCGCGCGGCAGCGCUGGCGCGCGCCGGCCGCCGCGCCGCGCACGCCGUCCGCGCGCCGCGCGCGCCGCUCCGUGCGCUCGGGCUACGCCUUCGCGCACCAGGAGGGCUUCGGCCGCCUCAUCACCUCGGGCAAGAUCAUGCGCCGCAUCCCGCACGCCGACGCCGCGCUCUCCGCGCUCGCCUCGCUGCCCGGCAAGUUCCACCAGCGCCCGCCGACGCCGCCGACCUCGGCCGCCGCCGCCGCCGAGCCGCGCGCGCCCACGCAGAACCUCGACACGGUCGACUUAUGAGCCGCGCCCCCCGCGCCCGCGCCACCGCCCGCCUCCCCCUCUAAAAGACGAAAUGUACAAUAUAGGUUCGAAAACUUUGUAAAUACUUAGCAGGGUUACGACCGAACCCGUAAUCUUCGACGGCAUAGUGUCGUCGCGACUCAUAUUGUGAUAAUGUUGAUAGAUUUAAAGAUUCGUAUUAUAUUAUUGCCUAUAUUAAAUUAUAUUUGUUGAUCGAGAAUAUAUAUUGAUAGAUAUUUAUUACGGUACGUACUAAGAUUACUCUUUUAUAUCGAUGAAAGCAUAGCUAGUUAUUUCGUGACGUUCCUUUACGUGUAUAGACGACGUAGUUGUGUCGACCACGAGCACCGCCGACGUAAGUUUCUUUUUGUAUCCUCCGCGUCGAAUCUGAAUCCGGUUGCAGUGUACUAGUAUGUGAAUAGAGUUCCUACUCUGUGAUUGCGAUGUAUGGUGGAAUCAUAAAUCAUCAUCGUUGGAUUUACCGGUUUAGUUUCGCUUGCACGGACACUCCACACAAAUACUAAAAUAUGGUUCAUUUAGAUUUUUUUUUUGUGACAAUUACGUCACUAACUUUGUCGCAAUAACACCAAUUUAGCUGUAUCAAAUAAUAUAAACAAAAAUGCUGUCCGUAAAGGUGUCCUUGCAAAUUAUAAACUACAGGAUUUCUCAGUUGUGCUUACUUUUUUGUAAAUGCUUUUUGUCGUCAGUGUCCGAGACUUAGAAAUGUGCAUUUAAAACAGUAUCCAUUUCACUGGCAGUGAAAACGCAACAUGACUAUUAUUUUAUUACAAGUAUUAAUUUAAGUAUUUUCGUAGUUAUUAGUGCCAAAAGUGAUUCCUAAAUACGUAGAUUACCAUAGAUACAUAGCGUUAUUAAUUAUUUGGCUAUUUAUUUGUUUUAUUAAUGUUGAUUAUUCAUCAGUAUUGCUUUCCUGCGUUUCAAAUUUUUAUUAAAAAUUCUUACCCAUGAUGUAGCGUUUUGACUGCACGUGAAUAUGAACAACAUUUGCUUUGGAAACGAUUUUUUUAAUAAAACAUAAUUCUUAAUAA